AUGGGGAUUAAGCAGCUCAAGCGCUCCUCUCCUCCUCCUCACCUCCGGGUUCCCCGGGCUCGGCCGAGUCCUUCCCUUCCUUUCUUCGACUCCUCUCACGCCCUGCAUCUUCUUCGCGGCAUCAAUGAGCUUCGGACAGAGCAGAAGUUCUUUGACAUGACGCUGAGUGCCGGCGGCCAUGACUUCCCCUGUCACCGCACGGUCCUGGCCGCCACCAGCACUUACUUCCGCGCCAUGUUCGCCGGGAGGCUGAAGGAGAGCCAGGCGGAGCGGGUCGAGCUGCACCACGUCACCGGGCCUAUCCUCGGCCUGCUGCUGGAUUUCUGUUACACCGGGGGGGUGACUGUGACCCGGGACAACGUGGAGCCGCUGCUGCAGGCUGCCGACCUCCUGCAGUUCCCCUCGGUGAAGGACGCCUGCUGCGCCUACCUGGAGCGCCAGCUGGAUGUCAGCAACUGCCUGGAGAUCCAGGACUUCGCUGAGGCCUACGCUUGCCGAGGCCUGGCAGAGAGCACCAAGAGCUUCAUCCUGGCACACAUGGCACAGCUGGCACAAGCCCGGGAGCUGGAGCGGUUGCCAUGGCAGCGAAUGCUGGAAUACAUAAUGGAUGACCGCUUGUGUGUGGACAAAGAGGAGACUGCCUACCAGAUAAUCCUGCGCUGGGUCCGGUCCGACCUGCCCCACAGACAGCACCGCUGGCCCGAGCUUUUCCAGCAUGUCCGCCUGCCGUUCAUCCGCCGCUUCUACCUCUUGGCCCAUGUGGAGAGCGACCCCCUGGUCUAUUACAGUCCUUCAUGCCUCAGACUUAUCGGGGAAGCCCGAGCCUUCCAGUCCAGCGAGUAUGACCGCCAUGACCUGCCCUGUGAACGUAUGAGGCCCCGGCCAUCCACUGGCCUGGCGGAGAUCAUGGUGGUGGUUGGCGGGUGUGACCAGGACUGCGAUGAGCUGGUCACUGUGGACUGUUAUAACCCACACACCGGGCAGUGGAGGUACCUGGCGGAGUUCCCUGAUCACCUGGGUGGUGGCUACAGCAUCGCAGCACUGGGCAAUGACAUAUAUGUCACAGGAGGUUCUGAUGGUUCAAGACUUUAUGACUGUGUUUGGAGAUACAAUUCCAGUGUGAAUGAAUGGACGGAGGUCUCGCCGAUGCUGAAGCCCCGGGAAUACCACAGCUCUACUGUGCUGAAGGGUCUGCUCUAUGUCAUUGCCUCAGACAGCACCGAGCGCUAUGACCACACCAUUGAUUCAUGGGAAUCCUUGCGGCCGAUGUUAUACCCCAUGGAUAACUGCUCCACUACCUCCUGCCGGGGCAGACUCUAUGCUAUUGGGUCACUAGAAGGCAAGGAGACUAUGGUCAUGCAAUGCUAUGACCCAGAAACAGACUUGUGGUCACUGGUGAACUGUGGGCGUCUGCCCCCGUGGUCCUUUGCACCGAAGACUGUGACACUAAAUGGAUUAAUUUAUUUUGUCAGAGAUGAUUCAGCAGAAGUGGAUGUAUAUAGUCCGCAGGAGAAUGAAUGGAAUAAAAUCCCUCCCAUGAAGCAGGUACACGUUGGAGGGAGCCUGGCUGCUCUGGGCGGAAAACUUUACGUGUCAGGCGGUUAUGACAACACAUUUGAACUCUCUGAUGUGGUGGAGAGGUUUGACCCGAAAACAAAGGAGUGGAGCAUUGUGGGACACCUACCCCAACCAAUGUUCUGGCACGGCAGUGUCAGCAUCUUCAGACAGUUCAUGCCAUCCACACAGUACAGCUUAGACGGCGUCACGCUGGACAACGCCAAUCACGAAAGGAACACAAUUAACCUGAACAGGCGACGGCAGACCCUGCACAACCACAACCUGAAUGAACUGCACCGACGAUAGGUCUCAAUGCAAGUCUAUUUCAUCAAGAGACCAGAUGGGCAGAGGGCCAACGGUGGGUCGGUAUGAAGAGGGGAGAAGAAUAUGGCUUUCUAUUUUAUUAACAAUACAUCUUUAUAAAUCUACAGGGUUUUUUCUUCCCCAUCACACGUGAGGAUCUCCCGCAUGAAGGCUAUUCCCUCGUACAUAGUUUAUUUUUUCUAGCAAAUAAAAAGGAAAAAAAAAGUUAAAUCCUUAAACCCUCUGCUUUAUGGCAGAUUAAUUCAUGCAUGAAUGAAGUGCACGUGUCCAUUGUGCUAGCAGAGAAGAGCAGCCAUUCUGUCAUCUGGGCCAGUAUUCAGAAACCUAUCCAGCUAGGUUUACCUGCACUGACACAUGGUGGGGCCCACAAAUUGGCUGUUUUCUCUACGUACAAGGUACUGCUCUUGUAGUCAGUUGCGUACAUAAACCUUGCCACUUCAGCAAAAUUAUCUUCUGGCAAAAAUAUAGGUUGGCGCUACCCAUUACCUUCCAUAGUCAUGUACACAUCAAGUCCAAGAGUGUAAGAAGCAUCAAGUAUAUUGGCAGCAGGUGACAAUGCUCUUCAAGGGCGCCUGACGAGGGGGGGCUUUAUGCUUUGAAAUGCAUUGUUAGCCGAGACUAAUAAAAAUAGACACUAGCCAACAACUCAGGCAGUGACCAUUAUGAUCAUAACUAUAGUAUCUAUAAUAGGUGUUCUGCCUGCUUUUCUCUGAUCCUUUAGAACAUUAACAUUAGUUUCCAUCUUCUCUUUAGUAUUUUGCUGUUCACAUAAACUAAAAGGAAUACGCCAGGUAAGGCUACUUUCACACUAGCGUUGUUAGAAUCCGGAAAUCUGUAUGCAAACUGAUAUGUUGUUUUUCCAGAUCUGUUAGACUUAUUCGUUGAAAUACUGGAUCAGUCUUCCCGGUAUCAUCCGGAAUAACUGAUCCGGUAUUUAAUUUUGUUCAAAGCUAGAAAGAACUGCGCAUGUGCAGACCGAAUCCGGCGAAGCAGCAAUUUCCGGAAUUUUGGCCUGAAAAAAUACAUUACAAGGGAUGAAACGGAAGACAUCCUGAUGCAUACUGAACGGAUUGCUUUUCAUUCGGAAUGCAUUGGGACAAAAUGGAAGUGUUUUUUUUUUUUUUCCGGUAUUGAGACCCUUUACCAGAUUUCAAUAUCGGAAAAGAAUAAUGGUAGUGUGAAAGUACCCUAAAAUUGAUACUGUGUAGGGAUUUAGAAGGCUGACCAUGAGACCCCCAGGUGUAAAAUGUAUACCGCACAAACAAAGACGGGCACUAAGGAUCUAUCCGAUCUACCAGUAGUUGGCCCUCUAAAAUUUAUUUGGCUAAACACUUUUGUCUAUAUUUACACCAAGUAUGGGUAGGCUUUCUUUGCGCCAAAAUGGUUGCAUUUGUUCCCCUAUUUCUCUAGCCAGGCUACUUUUAUUGAGCUAGGAAACGGACACAAGUGUGUUAGGGGCAGUGGACUAUUGUUUUUUUUUUGCGCAUUUGCUUGACAUAAACAUUUCAAACUUGGUGCAACCCUUUUAUGCCAGAAAUGUUACAACAAAGUCCAGGUGCAGUGAUGAUGGUGAAUUACUCAAUGUCUCAGUUUUGUGUUUCUCUAACCCUGCUUUCACACCUGAGCGUUUCUCAAACGCGCGUUUUUGUCGCGCGUUUUUAUGCACGUUUUUUGUAAUAGUAAACGCGCGUUUGAGUCAUUGACUGCAGUGUCCUAUGGCCACA